AUGAAGUCCACCUUUGCGUUGGCUGGCCUUGCCGCCACUGCCACCCUCACCACCGUCGUUUACGCCAAGCAGCAGCUCGAAGUCUCGCACGAGCCCCUUUCGGGCUUCUUCGCCGCCGAUGGUACGCCGUCUCAUCCCAAGUUCCUCGCCUCGCGAUGGGAGACCUCGGAGCUGCCGCUCGACUUCCGCAAGCGCGACAUCUCUGGCGCCGGCUCGAAGCGAAGCGACAAGGCUUGCCGCUCCGAACGAGGCAAGCAGCACGCCAAGGACCACCACGGCCAGUUCAAGGACCGUCACAGCAUCCGCGAGACGCUCGACCACCUUGGCAACACGGUGAGCAGCUGGAUCGAGGGCGGAAAGAUGCACGACCACUCGAUGGGCAUCGUCAUCAACAAGGCCACCGACAACUCUGCCGACAACGAGUGGCUCGUCAACGUCGGGUUCGGCACGCGUGCGCAGAAGCUCAAGAUGGUGUUUGACUCGGGCAGCUCGGACACGUGGGUCUACUCUCCGGCUUGCUGCUACGCCAACAACCACACCUUCUUUGAUCCUGCCAGGUCGUCCACCUACCACAACCGAACCGUCGACGCGAGCGGCAACCCGCAGGUCGCCGCCGCCGGUACGCCCGGUCAGGCGUGGUCUUACAGCUACGGCUCCGGCUCCACCUCGAACGGCUACGUCGGCAUCGACGACUUUACGUUUGGCCAGCAGAGGCUCAAGGUGGAACAGCUGCCAUUGGCGCUCAUCACCAGCAUCACUGGUGGCUCGCGUGCUUCGCGCGGCAUGGAGGGCCUCGUGGGUCUUUCGUCUGGAAGCGGUUCGAGCACGCAGGGAGGAUGGACGACACCGUUCGAGGCCAUGUCAUCGCGCGGUCAGAUCGCCGAGACCUACCUCACCGCCACGCUGCGAAAGGCCGACCGCAACACGGGCAAGGGCGGUGGAGGACGCUACACGUUUGGCGAGAUCGACGACGAGCUCCUGGACGGAAACAUCACCUGGACGCGUGCGCUGUCGCCGUAUCUGUGGGCUGGUUACUUUGACCAGAUGACCAUGGGCGACACGCUCCUCGCCAAGGCACCGGGCACCGCCGAUCGACCUCAACGCUUCAUGAUCGACACUGGCUCCGCCGUGUUCUACCUUCCCUCGCCCAUUGUCGCCGACAUCAACAACCAGAUCAAAGGUUCCUACGUCGCCGAUCAAUCUAGCGGUCUGGCUUUCCCUUACCUCGUGCCCUGCGACACGGGCCUCAAGCACUACGAGAGGAAAGCCAAGAACCCGACGUUCAACCUCCAAGUCGGCGGCACCAACUUCACCAUCCCCAAGGAGGACUACGUGUUCUACGCCAACGAGCCCAUCCCACCUGCUACCAUCGGUGGCAGGAAGAACAUGUGCUACUCGGCCUUCCAGACGGGUCCCGCGCAGAUCUCGAUCAUCGGCUUGAGCUUCAUCAAGAACCACGUCGUUGUGCUCGACCAAGGUGGACGCAACUUGACGGUGUCGGCGCGCAGAAUCGGUCUGGGUCAGAGGAAGGAUGUCCGCUAUGAGUGA